AGCAUUAUGGUAUGUCGUUAGAGAAUUUACACGUGAAGAAUAUCUAUGUUAUCGGGGAGAACCUAAAGAGUAAGAUAGGACAGGAGUUAGACAGCCAGUUCAGUGGACAGAAGCUUGUGUCGUGGUUACUGGACAACGAUGGACAGGUAAGCACGAGAGAAGAAGGGGUGAAGUUAGGGAAACACCUGGUAGAGUACAGAGUUAUCUAGCACAUUGACGAGAAAUACCACUUUCUAGACGAUCCCACUCGCAUUUACAGUUUCUGCAGUGAUAACCACGACUACCCGAGAACAGUGUCCCAGAGACAGAUAUGGGUCCAGGGUCUAUCUAUUAUGAGGCAGUUUACCCAGGACAUUGCUGGGGCCAAGAAACGCAGGACCAGUUGGAUUAACUUCAACAAGGGAAGCCAAAGCAAUCCCAAUUUUAAAGGAAAACAUUUACUGGAAUGGCUUGAAAAUAACACGGACUUUGAGAGCCGUGAAGAUUGUCGGCGAUUUCUUAAAUCUCUUCUGAAGCUCAAUUUUCUGAGGUGCAACCAAAAUGAUUUGCGGUUCGACCCGUCAAGUGAAUACUGGUUCUACCUAACCCGACUGAAGGAAGAUGUGUCCAAGACGAGAAAGAUCUCGAAGACGCUGAUGCCUGAGGGAAGAAAACAAUCAGUUCAGGAGAAAACCUUGACGAGGAAACAAUCAAUAAUAGGGCUUACUCCUGAUCUUAUAGAGCAGCUCACUUCAUUUCAAUCCAGUACAGGAAGUGGAGCAGUCCCCCGAGUGGACCGUAUCAAGCUAAAAGACACCUGCGUGGUCCUCCGAAGCUCACUCAGUCGCACCAGUCUCAACAUAAGUCGCACCAAUCUCUCAGUCAGCCAGUCAAGUCUAACACAAUCCAGCGUCAGUUUGUCACAGAGUGCCAGUUUGUCACAGAGUGCCAGUUUGUCACAGAUCAGGUGUCAGUCCUCAUCAGCACUACCUACCAACUACCUUACUCAGAGCACCACGAGUCUCCCAGCUGAAGUAAGGGCAGAUGGAGGAGGGUGUGGGGAGAGGGCUUCGUUUUGUGAUCAAGAUAAGGAAAACAGAGAGCUCAAUGCCCAGAGUUAUAUCACGAGACUCAAGGAGCAGUAUUCUGCACACAGUCCUAGGCAGAGAUCGACCCAAAGUGAAAGUCAGAAUGACCCGACAGUUUCAGAUCUGAUCGAGAGUCAGGAUUUUCAGAAACGCCUUCAAAACAUCGGAAAAUCAUCGUCCACGAAAAACCGUGAGUUAACCGCCUUAGCAUCACGUGUCAGGUGGAAAUUGAAUGACUUCAUGAUAUAA